AUGCCUGACGAAUCUGACCUGCUCAGCAUUCUCAAUGCUCACGGACAAAAUUUCCUUAGCUCGUUCUCUCAACCUCCACAUACUGGCAACAAGAAACGAAAACGGGCCACGAAGGAUGACCAUACUGACUCGGCCAAAGUUCGCAUAGUUUAUGAGGAGGCUCAAGCUACUGAUGGAAGCCAAGAUGAGGACGAGGAGGACGAAUGGACUGGUUUCGGCUCGAAAGGUGGCGAGGGCAACGCAGAGACGGAUGAGGAUGGUGAAAGCAAGGACGAGGGCGUCGAUGACGACGAAUUUUCAGGUUCUGGGGAUGAGAUUGAAGACGACGGGUACACUGCUAGUAGCUCUAUUCCAAUAAGAACUCCCGCUGUCGUUGUCUUUUCUGAGUCUAAACCCUCCACUUCAUCCUCAAAUCCUAUAAGUGGCAAGGCUUUCAUGUCCUCUAAAGUCUCUAAAUUACGGGAAGAAGUGACAGGUACAGCCAGGAACUCAAAAGAUUCAGACGGUGACCUCGACGAUGAGCGGAAUAACACACAGAACGACGCUCUCUUACAUCGACUCGUUCACACACAACUUCUGUCUGGUGUAGCAAACCCAGAGCUCAACCUCACACCCGCACAACGCAAAAAAGCGCUCGCAGGUCGAAUACAGGAGUUAGCAGGACAUUCAAAACUGGGAAAGGGUGAGAAAUCGGUGCGCGCGAAGGAGCAUAGCAGAGCAUCGAAACAGAUUAGAGAUGGUAUGGCGGAGAAGCAGGCUGAGAGACGAGGAAAGCAGCUUGCAGAGGCUAAGGAUACAGGAAACUAUCACCCUACGAUCAAGAAGCUAUUCGAUGACUCCUCUGAACCCACUCCGGCGAAGAAACGAGAAAAGGGAAUGAGGAUGGGCGUGGGCAAGUUUAGUGGAGGGAUGUUGAAGCUCAAGGACGUGGCAGAGGGUCCAGUCGUGGCAGGGGAUCUGCGCGUGGACGAGGAGGAGGAGGGUUUGGAGGACCAGGAUCUGAUGGCAGGAAAGACUCUGGCGCAGGAAGAGGGACUCGUGGUUCGAGAGGAUCGGGAGGAUCGGGAAGAGGGAGAGGUCGUGGAGGAAGAUCGAGGUAGUGAACUCUGCAAUGGAGUUGUGGUACUUUUCGCCGUAUCACAUCGCAAAAUCGCUAGCUAUCCUUCCUGGACCCUUGCUGUCUGCAAUUGCACUGGCGUCAUUGAGAGCACGGGUAUAUUGAUCCCCUAA